AUGCAUCCGGACAUGCACAUUUUCAGUUGGUUAAAAUACAAAAUGACUGAAAUAUAUUCAUUUGGCAAUUUGCCUGUUAUUGCACAUGCAUGGAAUAAAGAUCGUACACAAAUUGCUGUAUCAUUGGGAAAAAAUGAUGUACGUAUAUAUCAUAAAAUAGCUGGUAAAUGGAAAUUAAUACAUACAUUAUGUGAACAUUUAUCACGUGUAUUAGCUAUUGAUUGGGCACCAAAAACAAAUCAAAUUGUUUCAGCUAGUGCUGAUUAUAAUGCAUAUGUUUGGACAUUAGAAAAUGAUGUUUGGAAACCACAAAUGGUAGAAUUACAACGAACAAGUCGAGCUGUUUGUUGUGCUAAAUGGUCACCACAAGAAAAUAAAUUUGUUAUUGGUUCAAGUGAUAAAAAUGUGGCUAUAUGUUAUUAUGAAAAAGAUCAACGAUUUUGGGCAGCUGAAAUGAUUAAAAAAAAACCAAAAUCAACAGUAACUUGUAUUGCUUGGCAUCCAAAUAAUCAAUUAAUUGCUGUUGGUAGUUGUGAUUAUCGAUGCCGAAUUUAUUCAGCUUUUAUUAAAAUUGUUGAUGAUCAAGCACAAACAUCAAAUUGGGGAACAAUUAAAAAUACAAACGAACUUUUAUAUGAAUUUCAAUCAGAAUCAGGUUGGAUUCAUGAUGUAGCUUUUUCACCAUUAGGUGAUAAUCUUGCAUGGGUAUCACAUAAUUCAAUCAUAUUUGCUGUUUCAGCUAAGAAUCCAUCUCAAAUUAAAAUGGAAAUAACAAACUAUUUACCAUUUCGUUGUGUUAUUUUUAUAAAUGAAUCAAUGUUAAUUGUUGGAGGACAUGAAUUUUCUCCAUUAAUUUAUAAUUAUGAUCAAGAUAAAGGUACAAUUGAAUUUGUUGAAAAACUUGAUCGACAAGAAGUAUCAACUGGUCGUUCAUCAAUUGGUCAAGAAGUAGAUUUUGUUACACCAUAUCAAGCAUCUCGUCGCUUUGAUCAACCAGCAAUGCAAACACAAACACCUGAACCUAUUUCAACUCAUCAAAGCAUGAUAACGCAAAUUGUGCCUUAUCAAAACGAGAAUGGUAAUCUAGUAAAAAUAAGUUCUGCAGAUUUAUUUGGUCAAAUAGUUAUAUGGAAUUUAAAUGACAAAAAAGAAAUUGUUAUUGAAGCCGGACAAGAGUUACGUGGUGAUGUAGAUGAAACAUUGACGCUUGAAUUACGUUCAGGUAAAGCUGAAAUAUUCGGUACUGAAUUAGCUAUUGGUCAGAAAUAUCAAUUUACAUCUGGCAUGAAAUUUUCUAUAUUUACUUAUUGGGGUUGUACUGUAAAUAUUAUUUCAUCACAUGAUGAUUAUUAUGUUGCACGUGAUGAAAAUCCAAUGCAUAUUUAUUUAAAUGUACAUGGUAUGUUAGAACAAUUAAGACAAAAAGCUGAAUCAGAAAAAACUCGUGGACCUCGUAUAAUGGUAGCUGGUCUACCCGAUGUAGGUAAAAGUACAUUAUGUCGAAUGCUUGUUAAUUGGGCAGCCCGACUUGGUCGAACGCCAAUAUUAGUUGAUCUUGAUGUUGGACAAAAUCAAGUAUCUAUUCCAGGAACAAUUGCGUCUAUGGUUAUUCGUCGACCAGCGUCUGUCGAAGAAGGUUUUCGAAUUGAAAUGCCACUUGUUUUUCAUUAUGGUUAUAAAACACCCGGUGAAAAUAUUGGUUUAUAUAAUGAAAUAGUAUCAUCAAUGGCUAUGUAUGUUAAUAUUCGAUCGGAAAACGUCGAAAAAUCUCUUAUCAGUGGUAUUGUUGUCAACACUUGUGGUUAUAUUCGUCAAGAAGGUUAUGAAUCAUUUAAACAUGUUGCCAAAGCAUUUGAUGUCGAUAUAAUAAUUGUUCUUGAUAGUGAAUGGUUAGCAACAAAAUUAAUAUCAGAUUUACCUUCCGUUAAAGUUAUAACAUUACCAAAAUCAGGCGGAGUUGUACCAAAAGAUGCAGCUAAAGAUAAAUUUCGUGAAAAUAAAAUUCGUGAAUAUUUUUAUGGACCAAAAAAUAAUAUUUGUCCACAUGUAUUUACAAUUGAAUUUAAUGAAAUAAAAAUGUAUAAAAUUGGUGCACCACAAAUACCUGAUUCAUGUUUACCAGCUGGUAUGAUUUUAAAAAAUCCAUAUAAUAAAAUCUUACCAAUAGCUCCAAGUGCUGCAUUAGUACAUCAUGUUUUAUCAGUUAGUAGUUCAAAUGAUCCUGAACAAUUAUUAGCAAAAAAUUUACUUGGCUUUGUUGUUGUUCAACAUGUGGAUUCAGAUAAACGUACAUUAACACUUCUUGCACCACAACCUAAUAUAAAAAAUAAACUUCUCAUUGUAUCCGAUGUGGCAAGAAAUUUUGUAAAUAAAAAAAUCAACCAACUGGACUCAUUAAAAUUAAUUGAUUCUGAUUCAUCGUCGAGUAUUUCUAGUCCACUCGACCAUCAAGAAUCUUCAAUAAUAAUAACAAAUCAUAAACAAAAUGAUUUAUCGGGAUUAAAUGGUACUAUGACAUUUAUUAAUUCUGACGCUGCUUCUCGUGUAACAACACAAGAAAUAAUAGAAAUUUUACAUACUGAUGGUAAAUUAGGUUUAAAUGAAAAUGAAAUAUCUAUACGACGUAAAUUGUAUGGUCACAAUGAUUUUGAAGUUGAUGAUGAUGAACCAAUAUGGAAAAAAUAUUUAGGACAAUUUAAAGAACCAAUGAUAUUAUUAUUACUUGCAUCAGCAUUUAUAUCAUUAUUAUUAAAACAAUAUGAUGAUGCAUUAUCAAUAACAAUAGCUAUUAUUAUUGUUGUUACAGUUGCAUUUAUACAAGAAAAUCGUGCUGAAAAAGAAAUAGAAGCAUUAAAAAAACUUGUACCACCAAAAUGUAUAUGUAUACGUGAAGGAAAAAGUCAACAAAUAUAUGCAAGAGAUUUAGUACCAGGAGAUUUAUGUAUAUUAGAUAUUGGUGAUCGUGUACCAGCUGAUUUACGUUUAAUAGAAGCAAAUGAUAUAUCAGUUGAUGAAUCAUCAUUUACAGGUGAAACAAAACCAUCAGUUAAAACAAUUGAAUCACUUGUAAUUGGUACAAGACAAACAUCAAUUAGUGAUAGAAAAAAUAUAGCAUUUAUGGGUACACAUGUACUUAAUGGAAAUGCUAAAGGUAUUGUGAUAUGUACAGGUGAAAAUUCAGAAUUUGGUAAAGUAUUUCAAAUGAUGCAAGAACAAGAAGCACCUAAAACACCAUUACAAAAAAGUAUGGAUGCACUUGGAAAACAACUUUCAUUUUAUUCAUUAAGUAUUAUUGGAUUUAUUGUUGUUGUGGGAUGGUUACAAGGACGACAUCUUCUUGAAAUGUUUACUAUCGGUGUUAGUUUGGCAGUAGCAGCCAUUCCUGAAGGUUUACCAAUUGUUGUUACCGUAACAUUAGCACUUGGUGUUCAACGUAUGGCAAAACGAGAAGCAAUAGUUAAAAAAUUACCUAUUGUUGAAACACUCGGUUGUGUAACAGUAGUAUGUUCUGAUAAAACAGGAACAUUAACAAAAAAUGAAAUGACUGUGACGAGCAUUUUAACAUCCGAUGGACAACAUGCUGAAGUAACCGGAUCGGGUUAUAAUGGUGAAGGUGAUGUUUUAUGUGGUUCAGAACGAAUAACUUAUGAUUCACAUCCUUCACUAUCAAAAAUAAUUGAAGUUGGAGCUGUUUGUAAUAAUGCUGAAAUUGUUAAUUUUCAACUUCGUGGUCAACCAACUGAAGGUGCUUUACUUGCUGUUGCUCUGAAAAUAAAUCUUUCUCAUCUUCGUGAACAAUUUCAUCGUGAACAUGAAUGGCCAUUUGCACAUGAAACGAAAUGGAUGGCUGUAGAAUGUAAACCAAAAUAUAAUCCAAAUGAAACACGUUUAUAUUUUAAAGGAGCUAUUGAACAAGUAUUAAAAACAUGUAAAAAAUUUUUAUAUCAUGGAAUAGCAAAUCCAUUAACCGAUGACAAAAUACGAGGAUUUCUUGUUGAUUCAAAUCAAAUGGCAGCUAAAGGAUUAAGAGUUCUUGCAAUGGCUAUUGGAACAUCAUUUGAUGAUUUAACAUAUGUUGGUAUGGUUGGAAUCAUUGAUCCUGAACGACCACAAGUUGAAAAAGCUGUAUCACAAUUAAAAGCUGGUGGUGUUCUUGUUAAAAUGAUAACAGGUGAUGCUGAAAAAACUGCAAAAGCCAUAGCUGCUCGUUUAAAAAUUUAUAAUAAUACUGAUUUAAGUGUAUCUGGUGAAGAUAUUGAACGUAUGAGUGCAUCUGAACUUGAUCAUGCUAUAUCAAAAGCAACAAUUUUCUAUCGUGUUAGUCCAAUACAUAAAUUAACUAUUGUUAAAACUUUACAAGCACAAGGACAUAUUGUUAGUAUGACAGGUGAUGGUGUUAAUGAUGCAGUUGCAUUGAAAGCAGCUGAUAUUGGUAUAGCUAUGGGACAAACGGGAACUGAUGUUUGUAAAGAAGCAGCAGAUAUGAUUCUUGUUAAAGAUGAUUUUUAUACAAUAAUGGCAGCAAUUGAAGAGGGUAAAGCAAUAUUUCAUAAUAUAAAAAAUUUUGUUCGAUUUCAAUUAAGCACGAGUAUUGCUGCUUUAAGUUUAAUAACACUUUCAACUGUUUUUCAUUUUCCAAAUCCAUUAAAUGCUAUGCAAAUUCUUUGGAUCAAUAUUAUUAUGGAUGGACCACCCGCUCAAAGUCUUGGUGUUGAACCAGUUGAUCAUGACGUAUUAAAAAAACCACCGAGAAAAGUAACUGAUCCAAUGAUUGAUAAACGAUUAUUAAUUAAUAUAAUUACAAGCGCAAUUAUUAUUGUUAUUGGAACUUUAUGUGUUUUUUAUGCUGAAAUGCGUGAUGGAAUAGUAACACCAAGAGAUACAACAAUGACAUUUACAUGUUUCGUUUUUUUUGAUAUGUUUAAUGCACUUAGUUGUCGAUCACAGACGAAAUUUAUUUUUGAAAUAGGCUUUUUUUCUAAUCGAGUUUUUCUUAUUGCUGUCUUCCUCUCAAUAGUUGGUCAAAUGGCUGUUAUUUAUUUACCACCAUUACAAUAUGUUUUUCAAACAGAAGCAUUAAAUAUAUCAGAUUUAUUCUACCUUGUAUGUCUUACUUCAUCUGUAUUUCUUGUCAGUGAAAUACGAAAAUUAAUCGACAGAUUAUUUACCAAACGUGAAGACAAUCAUAAAUACAUGAUCAACAAUCAUUGGAUGGUUUAA